GCCCCCAUGUUGGUGAAGGCAUGAAAUGUUUCAUCUCAGUAUAGAUGUCUUUUUGUUUUUCAUGCUCUGAACUUGUGCACUUUUUUCUUUUACUGUUAUGUUAUCACAUAUAGGUGGAUGUGGUUCACUGGCUCUUUUGUCUGUUGUCUAUUUGUUAACAAUUCUAAAUAAAUUUUCCUUAUACCUCAUUCCAGAAAGAGGUGCUUGAGAAGUGUUAGUGGUAACGCAUUACAAGUAACCUCUCCUGACCCCAUGUUGAGAGAAAUUGGGAGUAAGUACAGAGGUGUUGUGUGUAAACAUGAUGGUUAUUGUAGUUCUAGACUAAAUGUGAACAUGAUUUACUCAUCUCAUUUGCUCAGUAUUCCUCAAAAUGAAUAAAAACUGAAAUUCAAACUCAGAAUAUUAUGCAAACCAGUAAUAGUUAAGUAUGUGAAAUAACACAAAUAUACUUUAUGUAUUUAAUUUCACUUUAUUAACCAAUGUCUUUGUUGCUGACAUUUGAUGAUCCAAUUCAACCAUACUAAUAAGCUAAAAUGACUUUAGAUAAACAUCACAUUUGUGUUUCAUAUUUUUGUUUUUAUUGGUGAAGUAAGUGUAAAGGCCCGUUCACACCAAGAACGAUAACUAUAUUUGCGUCCACACCAACGAACGGUAACGGUCUGUUUAUUCUAAGCUCACGCGCUGCGGUUUCAAAGUGUGUUCAACGCGUUUUUGCUGUUCUUGUUGUAUUUACACGGCUUUAACCAGCAGAUGUCCUCAGCAUGCUAUGUUUCGAGUGAAUAGCUAGCGCAAUCGAUCUAAUCGCAGUGAAUAUAGUGGAAUAAAAACUCUUUCACUGCAACUUCAAAGGAAGCAAGACAACAUGUUGUUGAAACUAGUGCUGGAUCCCUGAGGUAAUUUUAUGUUACACUGUUUGCUAGCCUGGCAUAACAAUCUCGUAUUAAUACUUCUCACCACUUAUUCCAAGGGUAUGACCGAUUGGUUUCAUAUAUCCAUUUUCUUUAAAGUAUCCUUGAAAAGGGGGGUUGACUUGUCAAACAGUGGUGGCUUUUUCUGGACCUCGGCGAUUAACUUCUCCGCAAUGUCGUCUGCCAUUUUAAAUGCGCGAGCCCUUAAAUUAGAACGGAUUCUGAUUGGCUGUCAGUGUUUUAUCGGUGAACAGCAGGGGGAAAAAAGUGAUUUUAAAGUGAUCCCAACGAUAUAAUUUCUCUAUAUCGUUAUCGUUAUAUAGCUGUGUGGACACUGCUAUUCUAUUAUAUUUAGAACGAUUUUUAUAUUUAGAACGAUUUUUAUAUCUUUGUAGUUAUCUUUAUAGUUAUCGUUUUUGGAGUCUUUAGUUUUAUCAGAUAAAAGAUAGAUACGCUGUACCGAGUCUUUCCGAAAAAAGCCGAGCUCCUGGAGGCGCGCCGUGGGCUGAGCUAAAGAGUCACGAGCGCGCGCAGCUUUUGCGUAGAGAUCUUUAUAAAUAAAAAAGGGAACAAAAACGUUCGUGUUGUUUACAUUAUAUGCACUUGCGCGCGGAUUGCCAACAAAACACAGACAUCUGAUGCAGCUUUACUCAACGCCCGUGAUCUGCAAAUCCAGUGCCGAACUGAAACUUGUUUACAAAGCGUUCACCACCGAAAUCCUGGGAACAAACAUACGUGCACAACUCCGUUGCUGCCCUGGAAAAACAAACUUCAUCCUCUGUUCCCUUAACGCUGGGUUCUUUGGGAAGCUGAAAAAGGUCAUCUUUCCCUCACAACCAAAAACACACUCCUUUGGGGACAGGAGCUGCGUCAUUUCGGAGGCUGCGUCCUCCGGAGGUCGCAUUUGAAGGCUGAAUACUUCAUCAAGGAUGUCAUAUUUAAGAAAAGUAACCGUAAUAAAAUUGACUGAUAUUCAUUGUGAGGUGUAAAAUACUAUAAUUUCUUUCUUACUUUGCAAUCUAAAUUUUUCUUAAAUGAGACCGCCUCGAUGAUGUAUGCGGCCUUCCAAAGGUGCAGCCCCUGAAUUGGGACACAGCCAUUGUUGAAAAAUCUCUCGAUUUCCUUAACCCGAACGAAGCGCGUUGAUGGGCGUGCUCUUGCUCUGGGUGAUGUGUGUGCCCGCUUAUCAGGGAGAAGUGCCUAUACAAGGAAUUCCGCCCUUUAUUACGUGAUAAAGGCCAUACUCUAAAAAAACAUCUGCGAGACAUGUCCACAACCGGAAUUAUAUUUGGCACAGAAAUACUCCGUCAUAUGUCCACCUCGUGUUUUGAAACUUUGGCCAUGUUUAGCAUGAGAAUGCAACUCUUUAACAGUGUAAAUAAGUCAGAAUGCAUGAAAUAGCAUUACCCCCCCUUUAAGAGUAAGAGCUGAAGAGCUGGUUUGUGAGAGCUGCGUCCUCUAAUGUAUAGGCCUGAAUUUGCAUCUUCUUCAGAAUGAGGCUUUUUCAUUUCACUAUUUUAAAGGGCCUUUACAUUUGCCAAAAAUAGAUAUUUACAUUUUCCUUUUUAAUUAAAAAACAAACAAGCAAAGCAUGGGCCAAAUGAUGAAAAAGUAAGGCAAAAGUAAUGUAACACAUUACUUUACAUAAAAAGUAUGCAAAUAGUACCGCAAUUAGUUACAUUUUAAGGAGUAACGCAAUAUUGUAACACAUUACUUUUAAAAGUAACUUUCCCCAACACUGUGCUUGAGUAUAACAAGUUUUAUUUUGCUGUCUGUUUUUUCAUGGAUUUUUAUGAAGAAAUUAAUACUUUUAUUCAGCAAGGAUGCAUUAAAUAAAGUUCAAAAGUCAAAGUACAGACAUUCUGUUUUUUAAACUUUCUAUUCAUCAAAGAAUCCUGCAAAAGUGUAUCAUAGUUACCACAAAAAUACUAAGCAGCACAACUGUUUUCAACAUUGAUAGUAAAAAAAAAUGUUUCUUCAUAUUAGAAUGGUUUCUGAAGGAUCAUGUGACACUGAAGACUAGCGUAAUGAUGCUGAAAAUUCAGCUUUGAUCACAGGAAUAAAUUACAUUUUAAUAUAUAUUUCAAUAGAAAACAGUUAUUUUAAAUUGUAAUAAUAUUUCACAAUAGUCCCGACUCCUGUUUUACUUUAUUUUAGAUCAAUUAAAAUCAGUCAUGGUUAGCAUAAGAGACUUCUUUCAAAAACAAAAUCUUAUCAACCACAUUUGAAUGGUUUGACCAUGUUGCUUGCAACUUUACCCAUUCUGGCUUUUUUAUUACUUUUAUUUUAUGUUUUUUAAAGUCAAUUUGUUUAUUUAAUCUUUACUACUAGAAAGUAAAAUCACACAAAUAAGAAUUUUAAACUGAAUUUAGACGUGUCCCAAUGUUUGAUAACAUGGUUGGAAAAAAAAAUGCAAACAGCUAAUACUGUAGUUCGACUUUCUCAGGCUGACCAUAAGUAUUUUCAUUGAAAGUUAAGUACUUCAUUUCACUGACCAUUUGUUAAAUAAUAAUUCAUUUUUUUAAGAGUUUCACAUCCUAUUUUGUAUCGCUGCAAUUGUAGCUUAUCUCUAGUUGAGAUUGGUUGAAUUUCCUCUAUAGAGAUCCACUCUCCCUGGAUGUCCAUCCAUGUGUUUGUCUUUGACCCAGAAGAGAAUCAUCCUAUGUUUGUUUAAGCCUGUUGUCUGCAUGUUUUCAGAAAUCCAUUAAUCGGUUCCAUAGUUAUCAACCUAAACACAGGCUGAUGGUGUCAGGAGGUCUCUGUUGAGAGAUACUGAUGUCACCGCUCAAAUAAUUGUCAUCUCUCAUGAUAAAAGAUCAUCGCUGCAUGAUAGAGAGGAUUAACUGUUUUUAUCUGGGAUUAAAGACUGCCCCCGUCUAGGUUUCCUAAUGGGUGCGGGUUUAUAUUUCAAAGCUUAAGACCUUCUAAAAGCACUCCAUCCAUCCAUCCUCGGAGAGCUUCACUUCAGUCUGGAGAGAGAAGCUGACUCGCAAGUUUAUACACAAGUACUAGAUCGCACUAUGUUUGAAAUUUUAAUACUUGUUUUAAGGAAGUAUACAUUGAUAUUUCUAUCUUAAUAAGAAGAAUAUCCAGAUGAAGAUUUUAGGAGAUGACAUCUGUGGCGGACAACAUGGAGGAAAUUUCAGUUGAACAGGAUCAGCUGUUUUCCCUCGUUAGUAACGCUCAGCGUGGAAGAAUCGAUGAACAGCGCUGCGCAUUGCGUCCAACAACACCUAAACAAGUUCAUGCCAACAGCACAGCAGAAGCCGAUGAGUUUUUCCAGUUCCUGCUCAAGAGUCAGAGCCAACGAUUAGAUGACCAACGAGUGACGCUUAGUUCAUUGCCAGGGAUGGAGGCAUUCACCAUCAGAGAGCCGAAAGAUGGAAAUGUACUGAAGACAAACUUUGAUCAGUUUUGCAGCAUGGUCAGCAGAGCUCAUAGUGUCAAGAAACACAUCCCUCCAAAAAACACCCUGACCCCUGGGAACCCAGGCUCUGUGAGAAGAGCGAGCUUCAGUCCUCAACCUCCUGCUGAUUCAGACACUUAUAACACACUUACAACCAGAUCAGCCUCAUACAACCCCAUAUCAGACAAGGACAGAAUGGACUAUGAAAGUUUUCAACGUGAGCAGGACCAGCUGUUGUAUCUAGUUAGUCAAGCACAAAGUGGACGUAUAGAUGAACAGCGCUGCUCAAUUAACCCCUUAUCGCCUUCACCCAGACAUAUGGAUAACAGCCAGUCAGAUCAAGAUGUCGAGAAUUUCUUUAAACUCAUUUCUAACACCCAAAAUCGACGGUUAGAUGACCAGCGGGCGACGCUAAACCUGUUGCCAGGAAAACAAGCACUUCCUGGUAUGACCACUCAGGAUUCAGAUCAGCUCUUCAACAUGGUCUCCAGAAUACAGGGCUCUCGGAUAGAUGAUCAGCGCUGCUCUGCUCCCAAAAUCCAGCUGGGGUCUCCUGCCCCCCCAAAGAAGUCUCAUUCUCAACCUGUAUCGCCAACUAACCCUCCAUCUCCCACUAACCCUCCAUCUCCCAGGAGAUCAGGAUCGUUCAGUCCUUCCUCUGAGGUACAAAAUUCUAUUGAUCAGGACCAGUUUUUUUCACUGGUACAUCAUGCACAGCAACGGCGAAUGGAUGACCAGCGGUGCUCAUUUGAACCCUUUAAAAAGACUUCCCCUUCUCCAAAUAACCCAAACGCUAAUCCCACAGCAGAAGAUCCUGAGCAGUUUUUCAAACUAGUGACAGACUUUCAAAGAGGACACCUGGAUGAUCAACGCGUGACACUUAACACAUUGCCAGGCCUCCAGCCGAGAGAGAAGAAUAAAGCAGCCCCUCAAAUCAUGCUGACCCCGGCAUCACCUGCUCCACCAAAGAAAGUUUGUUCCAGUCCUUCCUCUCCCACUCUGACUGUCUAUGAAUCAGACAUACCCGGCAGGCCUCCCCCCAGAUCGGCCUCAUUUUGCCCAGUGUCAGAUAAGGAGGGAUUACAGUAUGAUGACAGGUCUGCGCAGAUAUCAUUUCAGAUUUCCAUGUGCUUCCCUCCACAUCAGACGCUUGGAGCAAAUAAUCAGCCAUGUCCAUUCCCUGAAGUCUUCCUCACAAUCGGACAACCAGGGGAGACUAUAGUCAUUCCUCUCAGCCCUAGGCCUGGCAGACCACUCUCUCUCAAUGUGAACCCACCCAGAAACCAUCGCUCCAGGUCUAAGUCCCCUCACAAGUCUCCUGCCAGACAGGGACACUCGAGACCCUCGUCUCCACACCCAGGAGACGCAGCUAGUCCACUCAGCCCAUACGAGGACUACUUCUCUUUCAUCCAAAGAGUCCACACCGCUCAGCUGCAACAGAACAAUAGACAGGACAGUGCAGAGCCCGGCAAGGAGGCUAGGAAGGGAAAGGAAAAGAGCAGUGGAAAGAAAGAGAAAAAAGAGGGAAACAAAGAAAAGAGAAAAUAAGAUGUAUGUAUGUAUGUAUUUUCAUAUAGGUUUCAUAUCACCUGGAUGAAUGGCAGUGCUACAAAUAAGCUAAAAAUGUUGGUUGAGUAAAAUGAUUGACUGGAAUUUAUUUUAUUUGUGUGUCUGUAUUAAGUGAAGGUGUAAAUGUAGUAUUUAGAAAAAUCUGCUGUGAUGGAUGAUCAAAUAUGUCUGUGCUGCUUCUGUUGUGUUUGACAAUUUUUUUUUGUGAAUUAUAAAUAAAUCUAAAUAUAUA